CAGCUAAUGCCCAAAAAUGGCGGAGAAGGCAAAUUUCCGAAAUAUUUUGCAAAUUUGCUAAACUAUUGAAAAAAUGCCCAAGAAAUAUUCCAUACAGUAUUCUGCUUCAUCUGAUUUAAGUCUUAAGGGAUCCAGGGUCAUAUUGAGAGCACAAAAGCAGCGGUUGAGGGAUGCUACGCGAGUAAAAUUAUGCUUUGCUUGAAAAGUGGAUGGAACUGAAGCAGCUUCAUUGCAAUUUAGGAAUGAAGAAUUGCAGGCCUGGAGAAUAGAGUUAAUAUUUCAAUUAUUUGCUUGUAACUAUUGAAAAAAUGUCCAGGAAAACUCCCAAACAGGGCUCUACCUCACUUGACUUAAGUAGUGAAGAAGCAAAGGCCAUAUUAAAAACCCACCAAAGGCGGUUAAGAGAGGAUAAAAAAGUGAAUCUAGGCUCUGCACAUGAAAAAUGGAUGGUACUUAAAGAAAAAGUUAAAAUGAAAUCGCAUGGAGAUGUGGCAUUAUUUUUGUUAAACUUUUAUGAAAAGUGGGAGAAAAAGGUAGAACCGGAAACAUCUCAAGAGUCAGACCUUAAACCAAUAGCUGGAUGGAACAUUCCAAUAGAAAAGGAGUAUGAUUUAACAAGGAAGCAGAGUAGUGAACUACAGAAUUUGGGGAAACUUGCUGUCAAAUUUAGUGACAUUUCAUCAAAAUUAACAACAUUGAGAAAAGACACAAAAUCUGCAGAUAUUAUUUUCCUCAUUAAAGAUGGUGCUGAAGUAACUGCUCACAAAACAAUACUUUCUCUUUUUAGUAAAGCAUUGCCAGAGAAUGUUGUUAGAAAGUGUAUUAAUCCAAUACUCAGUGAUGCAACACAAUGUGGUCUCGAUGGUUUCCUUGAUUUAGUAUAUGGCCUUGGAGUGACACUUUCACAUGAAAACUUUGAUGAUAUAUUACAUGUUGCUGAAGUUCUCAA